AUGGGGCAGCUCGAGGAGCUGGCCGGGAGCAUGCUUCAGACGGGGCCCUUCUCCUACACCGACGAGUCCGUCGCGCUGGCGGACGACGUCGUCGGCGCGCUUGUCGCCUCCUUCGCCGCGCCGCGCAUCUCUGAUGCGUUCGCGGCCGACGAGUACCCCAGCGAGAGCCUCCGCAUCCCCAUCGGCACCAACGUCGACGCCACCAACGUCGCUGAGGCCCGAACCCAGCUCGAGGAAAGGCGCCAGCAGAUGCUGGACCUGUCCGAGACGCUCGCCGCCACUCAGCGUCGCCUGGACGCCGCUCAGCUGGAGCGUGAUGCCGCCUAUGGAUUCACGCCCGCCGCGGCCGAGCCAAGCCGGGUCGCCGAUGUGCGUGCCCGGGGAGGAGCGAUCGGCCGAGCCCUCGGCGCCGUCCCAACCGUCUACGAGACCCCAGUGAAGAACAUGUGCGCUGCCCAGGCAGCCGCAGCCGGCCUGGACCAGCUCGCGGGUGAGGAGCUGAAAGAGCGCAUCGGGCGGAUGCACGAACUCCUCCACGCGGCCAACACCCAGCAGGACCGCCUCAGCCAGCUCGCCAAGUCGGCGGGGUCCGGCUCCGCCCGCCUUGGCGGGCCCGGCGAACUUCUGCACACCGCUUCCUCGCCACCCGGCGAGGCGCACUCCGGCCGAGCCCGGACUCGGCGCGACCCGACCGCUACAGCCGCCGGCGGAUUGGGCGACGAGCCCGUCCUGGAGAUCCAGCACGGACCCGGCCAGCAUGGCCGGCGUCCGGCUCCAACCGACCCGGCCCCCCGUGGCCUAGCCGCAAGUCGACUCGGCCCGCGCGCCAUCGACGACGCCGACGCUCACCACCGCCUCGAUCAGCUCGCUCGCUCCCUGGAGGUGGAAGAGAGCGACGCUAUCGGGCCGGGCUGCGAGUUCCUCCACGUCCCGCGCGCGGAGAACGAAGCAGCUGACACGCUCGCCAAGAUCGCCUCGUCACGACAAGCCAUCCCGUCCGGCGUCUCCCUCAAGCACCUGCGCAAGCCGUCCGUCAAGCCAUCGCCGGACUCCGAGUUCAUCCACGUUCCAGACGACCCGGCCGCACCUCAACCCGGCCCGGGGACUGCUGAACCUGGCCCAGGGGCUGCUCAGCUCAACCCGACCACCAUCGUCCCGGACCCGGCCGUCGCCAUCCCCGACCCGGGGGCUGCUCAACCCGGCUCGGGGGCUGCCAAGUCGGAACCCACCCUGGUGGCCGUCUUCGCCGUGCAAGGCCCGAGUCACUACCACAACAAGAAGAUCAAGCCCCUCGCGUUCCGCGAGGGCGACCUCGUCCUCUGA